CUCCCUCUGACGCAGGCUCCGUGAAUUCACACUUGGGCAGCAUUCGUCUAAGUUUCUGGGCAAUAAAGGAUUUUUGAAUCUGACUUGGACAUGGCACGGGGAAGCUUAGACAGACACCAGGACACUGCCUGCUCCCUUCUCCAGUGCUUCGACCCCUUGACCAAGGGAUGUGUGAUGUGCACAGACCUGCCUGGACACUCUGAGGAGGACACAACAUGCCACACCAGCGUAGCCCCCUCUUCAACCCAAGCACCCGCACCUGUCCCAGGUUUGAUUUUUGGGAUCCCUGCUUUAGUGGGGCUAGUUCUGGUCCUGGCUGCACUCUGUGGACUGCUGACCUGCAAAGUGAGGAGGAGGCGGCGGAGGAAGAGGAGGAGCCCUGAUGAAAACCCCAAGGAAAACCUGGACUGUGUGAUUUCCUGUGAAAGCCAGGCCUGUAAGGGACCGAAACUGCCAGAAGAAGAUGAUCUCAUACUGGCCACAUGCCCACACGUGAAUGGCGCCCUGAAGCAUGCUGGGGGAGCAGGAAGAGGAGACUUCUCAAAGAGGAAGCCAGUCUUCCAAGGUGGGGCAGGAAGUGAUGUCACUGAACUCUCUGUUCUCUCUGCCACCAAUGAAGAACGUGACCAUGGCUUCCCACUGCCAGCAACAGAGCUGGGGGCCACUGUCCUGGUGACCACAAAGACCAUUCAGAAUAACUACCUCACUGACGAGAGACCGUGACAGCAGGCAAAAUAGGGCUGGCUCUAGCCGGUUGCCCACUGAAAGUGACAAAAAUCCCUUCAUUUGAGUGGAGACUUUUGCCUUAAAUGAGGUCAGCCUCCUAUGCCUUUUGCCUUUUAUAUUUCCCCUUUCAAACAUAGUGGUUAAAGCCAGGAAGUCCCAGUUACUCCCCUAACCAGUGGAGGAUACCUGAGUCAAUUGUAUGGUCCCUGGUCCAUGAGCUCUGUAGCUGGAGAAGCUAGAUGAGAGAUGGCACGCGAGGAAAAGUGAUUGUUCAGAGCCAACAUACCAACUGCAUGAUUGCUGCACCGCCAGGUACUGGCGAACUAGCGUCCAUAUUUUAAGGGGAUGGGGUGUGUUGGGUGGGUGUGGAGAGGGAGUCCUAGAGAGAGUGGGAAGGUAAAAAGGAAGAACAGAGUGAAAGUUUAAAAAUGGAAGGUGGGGUUUCUGUAGGCCCUGAUCCUGCACAACUGAAAUCAAUGGGGGUUUUGCCAUUGGUGUCAAUGGGAGCAGGGUUGGGUCGUUAGUGCUGGUACAAUGCUAUGUUCUGUGGGGCCCUGUGCAAAGUAACAUAGGCCCCACCCCAUCCAGCUUCCAUUCAGAUUACAAUCAAGUCCUCCAAGCGUCAGAGGGCCCUUAACAUACACACACAGACACCUCCUUCCUGUGACCGCUUCACACUGUGGCAAACCCCCUGCCAAGGCUCUGCGGCUCUGCGAAUCCCCUUGCACGGUCUGGUAAGCCAGGAGGUGGAGCUGAAAUGCAUCUUCCCAAGCAGAGAAUGAGGGAAGGAAAUCUCUGCAGUGACCAACUGGAUCUGGAAUCAGCCAGGACCAUGGACAGAGAAUUGGGGCUAUCGCUGUGGCAGGCACUUGGGAUAUGUGUGCACAUCCCAUUGGCCACCACGGCUUUAGUUCAUGUUUCUUCAGGAAAUACUACAUGUAUCAUGACAACAGGCAUGAUAAUCAUAGAUAUUUUUAGCGUGAUGGGAGGGUGAGGGGGAAUAUUUAGCUAAAACUGAUGUUUCUGUAAGGAUUUGUCUACAUGGGGAAAUUGACCAGCACAGCUAUUCCGAAUAACUCCUUGUGUGGACACUCUUUCUGAAAUAAAUGUGACUUUAAUCCAGAAUAGUUGCUAGAGAGAAUUGAAGAAGCUGUUACAGGGAACAAAAGCCUAAAUUUCUUGCUGCAACUGGUGUUUAGGACUUUCUCACAGCAAUCUUGACAGGGUAAGAGAGCAAAGCACUUUAACU